AACGAUCUUUCAUCGACGUGAGCAGCUGCACACUUCAAGCACAUCACAAACGAUUGUCAGAAUCUGGCUCAAUUGUUAUAAUACAAGGCAAAUCACAACGUUUUCACUUUAGAUUGGAAACUUCGACGAGAACACUUCGACAGCGUCAGCUUUCGGCUAUAAGUACAGAAUACCCUGGUUGUGAUCCAUCCAAGUCAUAUCAAGCAAAUUAUCAUUAAUAUGGAGAUCAGAAAAGUUCCUGAUGCAGAUGGAGAAGUCAUGGUUUACAAAUUCUGGGAUGGCGUUCAUUUUCCGGGGAAAGUUCCAGGCGAUGCCAAAACACAUAUAGAAUAUGUCUUGGGGAAAACAUACAAACAAGGGGAUGUUUUGCUGGCCACGUUCCCAAAAACAGGAACACACUGGACGUUUGAAAUAUUAUAUAUGUUGCUGACAGGAAAGGCGGAAUACUGCCCGAAGUCUCCUGUUUCUUUGGAUUACAGCACACAAGAGGAACAAGAGAACUUAGGAUCUCCUCGAAUAUUGGGAACACAUUUCUACCCGAAACACGUGCCCCGCGAUUUCCUAGAAAAGAGAGGCAAAGCAAUCUACGUUUACCGGAACCCAAAGGAUACCGCCGUGUCUUACUACUCCUUCAUGAAGCGUUUGAAUAUUCCAGGGAUGACCUACAAUGGAAAAUGGGACGCCUUUAUAGACACAUACAUGCAGGGCACAGUGCCGUACAACUCUUGGUGUGAACAUGUCAGUGCCUGGGUAGAGUUCAAGAAAGAAAAUCCCGACUACCCCAUAUUGUUGAUAUCCUACGAAGACAUGAAGAAGGAUCUGAGACGAAGUGUCCAGCUGAUUUCUGACCAUUUAGGGACUGGUCAUGACUCUGCUUUGUUGGACGCCAUUGCAAGUAAAUGCGAGUUCAAGGAAAUGUUUAAGGAGAAGACUGAGAACAUCUCGGAGACGGAUAAAAAGAUUUCGCUUGAUGGUAGUAACCCUUUCUACAGAAAAGGCGAUGUCGGGGACUGGAAGAAUUGGUUCACGGUUGCGCAGAACGAACGGUUUGACAUGACGAUGAAGAAGGAGGUGGACAAGAUAGACCUUCCUGUUGAAUACACGUUGACGUGAAAGUGAUACCAUAUGAAGCAUGGAUAAAAUGGCGAAUGAAUUGUUCAUACUAGUGGUACCAACCGGAAGUGAAGUGAACUUUCACGUGAAUUGCUCUCCAUUUGUCUAAUUUUACUUGAAUGAUAAACAGUUUCUGAUGUACAUUUGAAUGAAGGGUUUGAUGGAAUUUGAUAGAAUGAGAAUUUUGAUAUAAUAUUUCGUCUUAAGCAUUGAUGUCAUUUUUUUUUUAGUUUCAUCGGGGUAUGAAACAAAUUUUGUUUGCAAACUGUAUGAAUCCGCAUAGCGGAUUUACAGAAGUUUGGAAACAAAAUUUGUUUCAUACCCCGAUGAAACUAAAAAAUAGUUGACAUCAACGCUUAUAAUUAAUUUUUGAAAAGGAUUUUCUAAUUUAAAACAUGUUUUAUGUACAAUUUUACCGGUUUUAAAUGGGAUUCUUUUUCUCAAAUCAAUACGCAACGUCAAUUGUCGUAUUGUGACGUCACAUUUUUCGCGCCAUUCUCGGAAUUUCUUUCAUAGAAGAAUGAAAAGAAUUUUUCGACCAAUCACAUUUGAGUAUUUACCAUGAAAACAAAGAAAAAUUAAUUAUAAUGUUAUGAUUAUGAAACUUGUGCGACAUUGUGAUUUAACCUUCAGUGAAUAAAUCCCCUAAACAAAGCUC